AUGAGCGCAUUUCACUGUAAGCCCGAGCCUGGCCAAGCCAAGCCGGACCGCCGGACUUCCGAUUCCGAAGAGCGUGGUUGGCCGCUGGCGUGGUGCGUGGUCGGCGGACGUCUGCGUGUGGUUCGUGGUUCAGUGGUGUUGUGUAGUCGCCUGAGUAUAAACGCUUACGGCAAUGUUGAAGCUCACUCAGCCCAAAACGGAGCGUGUCGACCCCAUCGAAGAAAAGCAGCGGGCACGAUCGGAGACCCUGAACACAAUCUUCAAGUUCGCCCUGCUCGUGGCUUUAAUACGAGCGACCCCGUACGUGAUCGAGCAGUUCCGAGAUUGAAGAAACAUCAGACCCAUUUCCAUGACCUCGUAUACGACCUCAAUGAAGCUCUGCUCCAUCACAUAAAUACUGGAAAGCAUGAAAUAAAUGCGACGACGCCAGUUUCUGUUGUUAUCGUAGUUCUGAGAUUGCCGCGGAGGUUUCGCGAAGGUAGUGAAGUCGAGGUCGUUAGGCAAAUAUAUAACAAAUAGUGUGAAAUUGAUCUA